AAUUAAAAAUUGAAACUUUGGGAAAAAAAAGGAAAGACACCGAAGAACACAGAACCAUUCCUCUUUAUUGACCGCUUCCUUCCUUCUCUGUCACCUACGAACGAAUCGGGGAAAUCUGGAUCCCGAUUGUGAUCUUUAGAGUGGUGAAUUUGAGCUGAAAUUGGAGCUUAAAGGAUCGGUUUUUUGACUGAUCUGAUAGUUGUGAGGAUCGGUCUUUCAUAAAGUUGUUGUCUUUGAAGCUUUUUUUGAGGGGCGAGGAGGAAAAGUUUUGUGUUUUGGAAUUAGGGUUAUUUGAUUUGGAAUUCGACAUGGAUACGAGCAGGAGAGCUGUGGAAUCGUAUUGGAGGUCGCGGAUGAUAGAUGGGGUUACGUCUGAUGAGGACAAAGUAGCGCCUGUGUACAAAUUGGAAGAGAUCUGUGACCUCCUUCGUUCUUCUCAUGUCAGCAUCGUCAAGGAGUUUUCUGAAUUCAUUUUGAAACGUCUUGAUAACAAAAGCCCCAUUGUUAAGCAGAAGGCUCUUAGGUUGAUAAAGUAUGCUGUGGGAAAGUCUGGAUCAGAGUUUAGACGAGAAAUGCAAAGGAACUCGGUUGCAGUGCGCAAUCUCUUCCAUUACAAGGGGCAUCCAGAUCCUUUGAAAGGGGAUGCACUUAAUAAGGCUGUACGGGAAACUGCUCAUGAAACAAUAUCUGCUAUAUUCUCGGAAGAGAACGGUGCUAAACCAGCUGCUCCUGAAAGCAUCAACAGACGCAUUGAAGGAUUCGGGAAUACUAACUUUCAGGUGCCCUCAAAUGAUAAUAAAUCGUUCCUGAGUGAGGUGGUGGGUAUUGGAAGUGCAUCUAUAAAGCAAGGAAUCAGUAAUUUUGCUCAAGGCCAUUUGCCAAAGAAGAAUGAGAAUGGAAGCAGCAGCUACAGAGGUCCAAAUCUCCACAGAUCAUUAACUAUGGAAAAUGAGAACUUCAGUAGAUAUGAUCCAGUUAAGCUGGCGAAGGAUGGUAACUACGGAAUGUCUAAGAACACUACUGGUGGAUCUUGGGGCCAUGCUUCCGGAGAAGCAAGUGAAAGUUCUGCUUCAGUUCGUGUUGAGAGCAAAACUCGUGAGGAAAAGCUGCUGGAAACCAUUGUUACGUCUGGCGGUGUACGCCUGCAGCCAACUCGUGAUGCUCUUCAUGUUUUCAUUUUAGAGGCUGUAAAAAUGGACGCUGUUGCUUUAAGCAUUGCUCUUGACGAGAAGCUCCAGUCUCCAAUGUGGCAGGUUCGGAUGAAAGCUUUAUGUGUCCUUGAGGCCAUUUUGAGGAAGAAGGAAGAUGAUAAUUUUUCAAUUGUACAUACCUAUUUUAGUGAAAACAUGGAUGCCAUACAGCGAUGCUCAGAGUCUCCGCAAUCUUCCCUUCGAGAAAAGGCUAACAAGGUUCUGAGCCUUCUAAAUGGUGGACAGUCAAGUGGGUUGAUGAGCAGCUCAGAUAAUACUGUGAAGCGAGAGGCUGCUGUAGAUUUACCUGACUUGAUCGACACCGGUGAUUCAGAUUAUAUAAAAGAAGAUACUUUGAACAAUCUGAAUGCUAUAGAUACUGGCAGUACUGUGACGAAAGCAGCUCCAUUGAUGGAUGAUGAUUGGUUUGGGGAUAGCUCUGACACUAUACUGAGUAGCAGCGAGAAGAAAAAUGAUGAUGACCCCUUUGCAGAUGUAUCAUUUCAUCCGAAUGAAGAAAAAGUAAGUGCAGAUGACCUGUUCUCUGGAAUGACUGUCGGGGAAAAGUCCGCUGCUGCUGCUGGUAAUCAUGUGCCUGAGCUAUUUGAUAUGUUUGGGUCAACUGCAAAACUUGAAGCAGAGCCAAAAGAUUCAAAAAACAUAAAUGAUUUGAUGGCAAGUUUCUCCAUUGACGAAAACAAUUCAAAUCAGAAAAGCUCGUCUUCAAGCACCCUUCCAGAGGAUUUAUUUGCAAUGCCGAGCACCACCAGCCACCAAGCACCGGAAAAUCCUGUUGGAGGCAUUCUUGGCUCACAAAAUCCUGGGUUUAUCCAAAACACAAUGCUUCCUGGGGGUGUUAUGCCCUUCAAUUUUCCUCCAGGGAUGAUGAUGAAUCCAGCUUUUGCAUCCCAACCUUUGAAUUACGCUGCCAUAGCAAGCUUGUUAGCUCAGCAGCAGCAGUACCUUGGUAAUAUGUCCAACUUCCAGCAGUUUGGCAACCUGAACGCUCAGGGUAGUGGAAAUGUUCUUUCUAUGGGUACUAGUGGAGGGAAUCAGUCAGCAUUCCCUGAUAUAUUCCAGCCAAAUUUUGGUAAUCAGGCUCCAACCUCAACAAUGAAUGGUUCGAAAAAAGAAGAUACCAGAGCCUUCGAUUUCAUCUCUGAUCAUCUUGCAUCAACCCGCGACACAAAGAGAGUAUCUUGAUGCUUGCUUACAAAAUUCCGCCUUCCGGUAUUAAAUGUUAUUUCAUGAGAUGUGGAGACAAGGGUGCAGGAAGCUAAAACGUUUAUUUAUGAGAGCUGUAUAGACUUAAGGAGAAAAUGAAGAUAGCUUUAUAAUUCAUCCGGAAAAAGUUAAGAAUAAUCAUAUGGUAAGCUUUUUGCUUCUUUUAUCUGUUUCCUCGUUUGUCUUUGGUUUUUCUCUUCUUUGGAGUCCAUUGUUCUUGGCAUGAACAUAUAGUUGUAGAGUUGCUUUUGUUUCACAUACUUGUUACUAGAUGUGUUUAUUUCGUUCUUUUGCUAUAUAAUAUCUGAAGAGACUUGUGUCUGUGUAACGAAAGUAGACAAGAAAGGAAAAAAAGAGUCGUUUACAUUU